AUGGAUGUGAAAGAAACGACUCUCGAUCCGAGUUCAAUUCAACGUUUAAUUCAUUUCGUUCAUAAUCUCGAACAGAAACUUCUCACUGUUAGAUCAACACAUGAACAACUACAACAAUUAAUGUCAAUUGCAACGAAAACACAUGAAAAUANAUUUAUUAAUUCGACGAAUUCGACCAUUAUCGACAAAGAUAUCACGAUUUUCGGUAACAAAAGUGCUUCUCGGUGCAUCGAGAUUAUUGGAAAGAACUCGUGUUUGAUUUGA